AUGAUGGAUAACGCAUCUGCUGUAAAAGUGUUUACUCUGUCUGCAGUGAACGAGACUGUAACCUACAAACUAACAAUCUUUUCACUUGCUUUGGUGUAUUACUGCCUUAUUCUGUUUUUAAAUAUCUCUCUUAUUGUUAUAAUUGUUUUAGAUUCAAAUCUACAUGAGCCUAUGUAUAUUUUACUGUGUAGUUUCUGUUUUAAUGCAUUGUAUGGGACAGCUGGUUUCUACCCCAAAUUUCUUAUUGAUUUACAAACUACAUCUCCAGAAAUCUCAUAUGAUGCUUGUCUCCUCCAGGCUUUUAUCAUGUACUCUUUUGCCUGCAGUGACUUGUCCAUUUUAGCAGUUAUGGCGUAUGACAGGUAUCUGGCCAUAUGUCGGCCUUUGCACUACCACUCUAUCAUGAGUAAAAAGAGACUCUCUCAGUUGGUAUGUUUCUCUUGGAUGAUGCCAUUAUCUAUUUUUGCCAUUAGCAUUAUUCGGACAUCUAAACUUCGGCUGUGUAGCUCAAGAAUUCAAAAAAUAUUUUGCGUUAACUGGGUUGUUGUCAAACUUGCCUGUCCAGAAAAUGAAAUCAUAUCGAACAAUAUACUUUCAUAUGCUACAAUUAUCAUAUAUGUGUGUCAUGGUUUCUUCAUUAUGUGGACUUACAUGCACAUGGUUAAAACCUGUAUUAGGUCUAAGGACGAUCAAAGGAAGUUUAUGCAGACCUGUGUACCACAUCUGACCUCUUUAACAACAUUCCUCUUUACAAUUCUUUAUGAUCUGAUGUACAUGAGAUUUGGUUCUACUACUAUUCCCCAAAGCCUUCAAAACUUUAUCGCAAUUGAAUUUGUUGUCAUUCCUCCAUUCAUUAAUCCUUUGAUUUAUGGACUUAAAUUGGCAAAAAUACGCAAAAGAAUUGUAUAUUUACUGAGAUAUACUGGGAAAUGA